CUGCUAUCUCGGUCUUGGCGAGUCGCGUCGACAUCGACAGUGCAUGAGAGAGCGAGUACUACAACAGUGACGCCACUCGGUUUCUUUCGGCUACACUCGGCUCAGCUCGCCACUUCCCGCGCGUGGCAGUCGGCGCCCCGGGCAGCUAGAACUCGCCUCGCCAGUUCGUCCGCUGGCUCACUCGCACUCGGCCACGUCGAUAAACGCCAGGACGUAAACCGCGCAGUUCUAGAAUAUUCCCGCAACCUUGCACCCAGUCAAGUCUCAAACAUUAUACAGUAUCACUAAAGGAGUGGCAGAAGAUUUAAACAGCUAACUACAAUAAAUUCGGACAUAAGGGUGGCGUCUGGCGUGGGAAAAUUACCUAUGACGACUUGAUCGUCAAGUUAUCGUGUUGGUUGGACAAAAUGAGAUGGUCACCGGAUUUAACGAUGAAAUUUAUUCAACAAUACAAAAUGUAUCCGUGUUUAUGGAAUUUCCAAUCAAUGGAUUCGAAGAGUGUUAGAAAACGCUAUAAAGCAUGCGUCGCCAUUGCUCAGAGUAUGAAUUUACAAGACUUUGGAAUCGAAGAUGUAAAAACUAAAAUAAAAAAUUUACGUUCUACGUAUCUUCAGGAGAUCAAAAAAAUUAAUAAGAGUAUUAAAAAUGGCGGACCAGCCUAUGUACCAAAAAUACCAUGGAUCCAAGAUUUUAAGGAAGUUUACAUGACAAAGUCUGGAAAAAAAAUUACUUCAGAAGAAAACUUCGAAGAAGAUUUUGAAACCGUAAGUCGGAGCUCGUCAGACUUUUCAACAACCCUUGAUACGACAAACGUAAAGCAAGAACCUCUCACUUUUGCUGAUUGUCAUGAUGAUGAUAAAACGGAAGAUGGAGUAUUAAUGACGAAAGGUGAAUCAGAACCCAUCACCAAUGAAGAAUACGUACUAGUUCAGCAGCAUGAAAGUACAAGCGGUAACCAAGCAAUUUCAAGAAAACGGAAACACAAUGAUAGUAGUUUUAAUAAUUAUUCUAAAAGGAGAAAUAUUGAAAUAGAAAUCGGGGGAGAGACAUUAUACGACACAUUUGGACGAAGUGUAGCACAGCAACUCAAAGCACUAUCUGUAGGUAAUGCUAUGAUAGCCCAAAGUAAGAUUCAAAAUAUAUUGUCUAAAAUUGGAAUAAAAAACUAUAAGGAGAAAGAAGCUUGUAAGUGUUUCCAAUCCGAUGCAAGCGAUGGAGAUCUGUGACGCUGAAAAUUUGUAAUGUUUAUGUAAAUUUUUAUAAUAAUUAAGGACUUCAAAACAUAUUACAUAGCACCUAUAUUGUAAAAUACAUAAUUGAAAAUAUUAAAUAGUUUUUUUAUAAGUAAACAUCUGAUAGAUAACUGCAUCAUUGUUUAUUUCUGAGAAAGUCACUGAUGUCUAUAUUACAGGGUUUCCCUAGUUUAGACAUCAGAGGAUUACCGCAUACGGACUAUUAAAUAUGUGAUUAUCUAAAUACCUUAUUAUUACAAGGAAUAUUUACAUGAUUAAAUUAAUUAUUUAGUUAUUUAUUAUACUUCUAUAAUAUAAGUUCAUUCUAGCAAUUGUAACUAGUAUUGUGGUACUUAUUGUGUAACAUUUUUUGAAAUAAAGUUUGUUAUUUAUUA